AUGUUGAGAAACGGGUUACGUCUUGCGAGGGGACGUCGACAAUUCUCGGCGGCGGUUCAGGCAACAAAUACGCCUGCAAAUUCAGUUCCACCUCCACCAACUUCACAGGGAGAAAUCAGAAAGAAGAGGGUUGGUUGUGAUUUUUAAAGUUUUCCUUGUCAGAUAAUUGUGAUUUUCAGAAUUUUGUUUCGUCGACACCUGUUGAACAAAUUCGACUUGAGAAGAAAUAUCAAGAACAUCUCAAAAACAACAAACUCGAAACACUUCAUGAAGCUGUUGAGUAGUGAGUUUUUCUGGCAAGUUGUGAAAAAGUAUUUUGGUGGCUUUUUUUCGAAAAAAAAAUCCGAUUCAAAAACUCCCAAGCUUCUUGAAGUAAAACUUGCAAUUUUCCAAUGUUUUUUUUCAGUGUUGAGUGGCGUGGAACUGUUUAUCCACAAACAAUGAGAAAGUUAGUGGAACUUCUCGAAAUCUCUCCAGAAUUAUCUAGUCUUUCUGAUAGACAAUUGGCUGUUUUGUUGAGUGUUUUUGGUGCAAAUUGUGAUACUGUUUCGAAGAAAAUUCGAGCUGCGCAUUUGGAAAAAGUUGAAGUGAUUUUGGCACAUAAAAAUGUUCAACUUGGACUUGCCUCAAGAAAUGCUUUGAUUGAAUGUAAAAUUGAUAAUGGAACUCGGGUUGAUGUUGUAGAAGAAUUGAGCAAAUAUGAAGAAAAUGGAAUUGAAGUAGAUUCUAAGGGUUAUGCAUUAUUAUGUGAAGUUUAUGCAAAACAAGGAAACACAAAAGCAAUUACGUGAGUAACUCAAAUUUUUUAUAACAAAAACAUUGAAAAUUAAUUCAGAGAUAUUAUUCAACACAUGAAAUCACAAUCAAUUCCACUCGCUGAAGAUCAUAUUGUUCAAUUAGUAUAUUCUGUUGCAAAAAGUGGAAAUGAUGCACAAGUUGGAAAAGUUGUCGAAAAGUUUGCUAAUUCGAUGAAUGUUGUUCGAUUGAGAUGUGCUGCUGCACGAGCUAUUAUUCAAAGAGAAAAAGAACAAACUGGAAAAGGAGGUUUUGAAGUAACAGAAAUGUUGAGAAAUAUUCCAACAACUGCAAAAGUUCACUCGGUGGAUAAUAAUAAAUAUGUGUUGAAUGUAUUUAUGGAUCUUAUUGAAGUUGGACAAUUGGAUGCUUUUAACUUGGUAAUUUUUAAUUGGGACUAUUAUUUUCAUUCAUGAAAACCAUUUGCAGAUUUCUUCAUAUCUUGUUCUUUCUGAAGAUAAUAUUCAUCUCGCUGAAAAUUUCCAAAAUACAACAGUUGUUGCGCGAUGUAAAAGUUUGUUAUCUGAUGGAAAUAUUGUUGAAGCUAUCACUCUUUAUUCACGUGUUCCUCCAAGUUUUUCCAAUGAGUUAGUUUUUUUCAUUGUUUUCUAUUAUAAAAGGAAUUUUCAGAUUCUUCACUAAAACUUUGAAAGAAACAUUGGAAAAUCAACUUGUUAACAUUGAACCCAGCAAAUUCAAUGAUUUUCUCAAAUUAUUGACAUUGGCACACAAAAAUGGAUUGAUUGAAAGUGUUGAUCAAUUCUUGCUUUCUACAAUUUCUCACCAAAAAGUUGCACAAUUCAAAACAGUUUUCGAUUAUUGCGAAAAGUCAGGAAGUCUUCGCAAUUUUCUAUUCGAAAAUGGAGGAUUGAAAAGAAAAUUGGCGAAAAAAGUUGCGAAUCUAUUGAUAGCAACUAAUGAAGAAAAAGAAAAGGCAGAAUAUUUGGGAAAAAUUGCGAGUGUAUUAUUUUCUCCAUCAAAAGAUGAAACUGUCCCACAAAUUUAUGCAUUUUAUCCAAUAAUUUAUCAAUUGAGUAAUCGAGAUGUUCAAUUAGUUAUUCCUGCGCUUGAAACAAUGAAUGGAAAAACUGAAAAACGGGAAUUCUCAACAGCGAUUGUUGAUCAACUUCUUCGUUCAAUUGGAAAUGAUCAUGUCGCCAUCGAAAAACUUCAGAAACUUCUUGAUUCAAACAAAAUUGAUCAAUUGAAUGUUUUCCGUAUUCAUAAGAGUUUGAUCAGAAAUAUUACAUCUGGCAAAAUCUCAAUGAAAACCGUUGCCAAAAUUCUUUCUCUCGAUUUUCCAUCUGCUGAUUCGCAUAAUUCACUGAAAUACACUGCGGUGAACCUCGCAAAAUUCCUCUCGAAUGAAAUUAUCACUGAUGAAAAAGCAGAGGAGAUUAUUGGAUAUUUAGAAUCUGACACUCGAGCAACUCUUUCGACUGAAGAAGUUUUUGCAGCUAGAGAUAUUUUGAAGGGACAACCAAAGAAAGCGGAAUUGAUUGGAAAUUUGAAACGAAGUCAAACAUUGACAAAAUGGAGAAAUACUGAUGUUGAACAAUUGAUUGAAGAAGUUCCAAGAGUUAAAAAACCAGCUGCCAAACUUGCUUUAAUUGAUGUUGUUGUAUACAAAACAUUGAAAGAAAAGGUAAGUGUUUUUUUUUGAAGUUAUGAUCUCCAAAAUGUUUUUUUUUCAGUCGAAUGAUUUGUCAUUCAUUGUAAAUAUCCUCGAAAACUCAGUGGAAUGGAAAACUUUGAUGAAUGAAAAUGAAGAAUAUCACAAUAAACGAAUUCGAGCAAAUCUCCGAAAUCUUGAAACUAUUGCAAUUUCAAAAGCGAUUUCCACAAAUGAUAUGGUUUUAGCUGAUAGAUUAUGGAUGACAAGAUCCGGACAUUUGACAGCUGAUGUUUGUCUUGCGUAUGCCUCGAGAUUAUUUGUGAAUGGACAAGUUGAAAGAGCUGAUGAAGUUUGUGAAGAUUUGAGAGUAUCAUCACAACUUAUUCGAGCUGUAACAUUGGAAAAAACUGGCCGGCGACUUAAAGGAGUUUCUUCAGAAAAAAUGAAUGAACUCGCUAAAUAUUUAUCGAAACAAUUCAAUUUGAGCCAGAAGGAUACACGAAGAAUUGUGCAACAAGUCAAAUUGGAAGAAUUGAAUUCUCUCAUACAGAGGUAGGUUUUUUUGGUAAGAGAAAAAUGCAAUUUGGAAAAUUAUCGUUUUUUUAGUGGCAAAUUAAAUGAGGCAUUGCAAAUGGCUAUUGAAGAAACGGAACAAAGUCGAAGAGCUUUUGGACAGGUUCCAAUUAUGAUUGAAGCUAUCAAAAAGUAUGUUUUUUUCGAGAGGAAUAUUAAAACUGUUUUACAAAAUUGAGAUCAUUUUUUAAUGGCUUGGUAAAAAAUUAAAUCAAUUAUUUUUCCAGAGAUAAUUUGGAAGUAUUGUCAAGUGUACAUAUGAUGGUUCGAAGUGCUCAUAAUCAAGAUAUGGCAAACAUCAAUCUAGCAUAUGCUUUGAUUCAUUCUGAUAAUGCUGAAAGAGCUCGUGUUUUGGUCGAAAAACAAAAUCUCGAAAUCGAAGAUUUCACUCUUCAAUAUUUCAUAACUUUAGCAUCUUCUUCAGAAAGCCCGAAAACUCUCAAGAAUCUAUUUUUGAUUUUCAAUGGAAGAGCUUCGACAUUACAAUUGAAUUCAUUGCUUGAAACUGCUACUAAACAAUUGUGUAAGUGUAUUUUUUGUCAUAUUCAAAAAAAAUCCUAAUUUGAUUUUUAGGGAAAUCUGGAGAUAUUGAAUCGUUGAAUGAAUUGGAUAAAGAAAUUGCUUCUUCAAAUUUUCCGCUUCAAAAUCGACUUCGCGCAUUUUUCGAUGAUCUGAAAGUAAAGCAUGCUGAAAAUCUUAUUGAAAAUAAUGACGGGAUAACAAAUAUUUAA